GCAAUGGCAUUGUUGCUGCCCCGUACCUUGGGCGAACUUCAACUCUACCGUGUCCUCCAGAGAGCCAACCUCCUCUCCUACUAUGAGACCUUCAUCCAGCAGGGCGGUGAUGAUGUGCAGCAACUGUGCGAGGCUUGUGAGGAGGAGUUCCUGGAGAUCAUGGCUCUGGUUGGCAUGGCGACCAAGCCACUCCAUGUCCGGCGCCUCCAGAAGGCUCUGCGGGAGUGGGCAACCAAUCCUCGUCUCUUCAACCAGCCAGUGCCCUCCAUACCUGUAAGCAGCAUACCACUCUUCAAGAUCUCCGAGUCCGAAGGCCAUAAAUCACUCACCAACGGACACACCAGUCCAGUGGAGAUCCCUGGCAAAACCAGUGCCACUUCCCCUUCCAAAAGCCCAUCCGAGCCACAAGAGAAGAUGUCCCCCUUGCCAGCCAUGCAAUGGGGGAACCCCGAGUCUGAAGAAGAAGGAGGGGUAACCUCACCCAGCGAUCCCCCAACAUCCUCGGAGCAUCUCGAUCCAGAGCUGGCCCAUGCAGUGUCUGAGGGGGUGGAUCGUUUGUUGCGCAGCUGCCCACGCAGCGGAGAUGUAGAAUUGAAGACUCUCCUGAAGCUGAAUAAGAAGUUGGCUAAAACAGUGGGGCAUAUCUUCCAGAUGGACAACGGGGACCCUCACAAAGAAGAAGAGAUCCGGCGUCACAGUGCCAUCUAUGGGCGGGGUGAGACACGCCGAUGCGAGGGCAAACAGUUCACCCUUCAUGAGCUCACAAUUAAUGAGGCUGCUGCUCAGUUCUGUCUACGAGACAAUUCACUGCUGUUGCGUCGUGUGGAAUUGUUCUCACUGUCACGUCAGGUGGCUCGGGAGAGCAGCUAUCUCUCUUCACUGAAAGGUUCUAGGUUACAGAACACAGCCGCCCUGAGCUUCCUUUGGUCUGUGAACCCUUCCUUCCUCCAUACCGAUCCAGCGUAGAAGACGACGCAGCCAGCUUGUCUGGGGAAAGCUUAGAUGGACAUCCGCAAGAGUUUGGGGAAACUCUUUCUGAGCGAUGCCAGCCUCCAGCAGCACAGCCUGAGGCAAGAAGAAACAGCAUUAAGGUGGAACCAGACACCAGCCGGCAGUGAGAAGCAGGGACGGCCUUGGUCAGCCAUUAAGCAAUAAUACUCCGGCCAGCUCUGAGCGUUAGACAGGGGGGCUGUCCUCUGCGUCAUUCCCAGGGAGGCUGUGGGACUUCCUCGCAGAAGGCGAGGAAACUGUCAUAACUAGCACAACCAACUCUUCACCCUAUUCUCUUCAUGAAGCGGAGAGCAUGCUUUGGCUCAAAAACAGAAGAGCAUGGACCUAUGGACAGCAAAUGACGGAGGAAGGAAGCCUGCCAUCUUAAUUUAAUUCAGCACAGAAGAGAGGUGCCCUGGCUACAGUUGAUAGGACGAGCUCAGGUAGACCAAAUCUCUGGCCCUCUGAUGGACUAAUGGAAGGUCAUACUUACCCUCACAGCCUUUCCUCCCACGUGAGACUUGAAACUGAGGGGUACAUAGCCAUAAAAAAAGCACAUACGUAUCCUGUACAUAUUUUAUUGAAAGGCAUAUGAGUGAUUGGCCAUAAACAAUAUAUCUUGUUCCCAAAUUGUCCCAUACUCCCGUACUCUCAACCACACACAUACACAUGAAACAUGUUUGUUGUUGCCUUUCAGUCUUUGUCACAGAUGUUUCCUGUAUGCGCAGAAACUGCAUCCCCAGGACUGUUUGUAGCCACACACACCCUGCAAACCAUUUUGCAAAUUGCCAUAGCAAGGAUAAUUCUUGAUGUGACAGAAGGAAGAAAAAAGAUGUAUCAAAGACAAUGGAGGUUACUAUGCUAUCUGUAUAACUAAGCAAAAUAUGUAAAUUGAAUUAAAUUCAGUUUUUGUGUCCCCCU